UUCUAGCAGCGCGUUGUUGUUGUCACGACUUCGACCGGGCCGCCAUUUAAUUAUGUUGUCGAACCAGAACGGAGACCUCCUCUGGACGCGGAGGAAAAGGGAGACCUUUAACAUGUGUUUUGAAAUGUUUUUAUACCCACACUGCCCGAUGUGAUGUAGAGGAUAGGACUAAAUAAAGUGUUGGAAGCGCCACAGGGAUUUGGUCCACCAGCAGUGUUGCCAGAUUGGGCCCAAUCUGGCAACACUGUCCAACAGUCCAGGUAGCAUGGCUCAUGUUAGCCCCGAGCUAAGCCCCCCUUUAGCCGCGUUGUAAACACGACCCAAGAGUCGUGAGCGGGGUCCCGUCCUAGUUAAAGUACGAGCAAUGUUUCCCAAGAACACAUUAAAAACAGUUGGUGGCCGUCGACGGAUCGGGUUUUAAAUCCUCCGCGGGUAGAUGUUCGUGUCCCCCCCCUUCACCGACAGUGAGCUAGCCAGGGUUAGCACCGUGGAGGUCCUCAAGGGAGUCUGAAACAAGGAGAAUCCUCGUGGUGGUAGACCACCACUAAACUAAUAACUAAUCAUCCACCUGUGGUGGUUCAAACUGGACUGAUUUCCCCCGGCUUACAGUGACGGUGUCCCGGGCGUCACCAUGGCGACCGACAUCACCUCGCCGCCCCGGUUCUUCCACAUGCCGCGCUUCCAGCACCAGGCCCCGCGCCAGGUGUUCUACAAGCGGCCGGACUUCGCCCAGCAGCAGGCCAUGCAGCAGCUCACCUUCGACGGCAAGCGCAUGCGCAAGGCCGUCAACCGCAAGACCAUCGACUACAACCCCUCUGUCAUCCGGUACCUGGAGAACCGGCAGUGGCAGCGGGACCAGCAAGACCUGAGGGCCAUCCAACCAGACGCCGGCUGUUACAAUGAUCUGGUGCCCCCCAUCGGCAUGCUGAACAACCCCAUGAACGCCGUGACCACCAAGUUUGUGCGGACCUCCACCAACAAAGUCAAGUGCCCCGUGUUCGUCAUCAGGUGGACCCCUGAGGGCCGACGCCUUGUGACCGGGGCCUCCAGCGGUGAGUUCACCCUCUGGAACGGACUCACCUUCAACUUUGAGACCAUCCUACAGGCCCACGACAGCCCGGUGCGCGCCAUGACCUGGUCCCACAACGACAUGUGGAUGCUGACUGCUGACCACGGCGGCUACGUCAAGUACUGGCAGUCCAACAUGAACAACGUCAAGAUGUUCCAGGCGCACAAGGAAGCCAUUAGAGAAGCCAGCUUCUCGCCCACCGAUAAUAAAUUUGCGACGUGCUCGGACGACGGGACCGUUCGCAUCUGGGACUUCAUGCGCUGUCACGAGGAGCGAAUCCUCCGAGGUCACGGGGCUGACGUCAAGUGCGUGGACUGGCACCCCACCAAAGGCCUGGUGGUGUCGGGCAGCAAGGACAGCCAGCAGCCCAUCAAGUUCUGGGACCCCAAGACGGGCCAGAGCCUGGCCACGCUCCACGCCCACAAGAACACGGUGAUGGAGGUGAAGUGGAACAUGAAUGGUAAUUGGCUGCUCACGGCGUCACGUGACCACCUCUGCAAGCUGUUUGACAUCCGCAACCUGAAGGAGGAGCUCCAGGUUUUCAGGGGACACAAGAAGGAGGCAACAGCGGUGGCCUGGCAUCCCGUCCAUGAGGGUCUGUUCGCCAGCGGCGGGUCGGACGGAUCGCUGCUCUUCUGGCACACGGGCGUGGAGAAGGAGGUGGGCGGGAUGGAGAUGGCUCAUGAGGGGAUGAUCUGGAGUCUGGCGUGGCAUCCCCUGGGACACAUCCUCUGUUCUGGCUCCAACGACCACACCAGUAAGUUCUGGACCAGGAACCGACCCGGGGACAAGAUGAGGGACCGCUACAACCUGAACCUCCUGCCGGGGAUGUCAGAGGACGGCAUGGAGUACGAUGACAUGGAGCCCAACAGCAUGGCCUCCAUCCCUGGUAUGGGCAUCCCUGAGCAGCUGAAGGCGGCCAUGGAGCAAGAGCAGAGCGGGAAGGACACGGCUGCGGAAGAGGAGAUGUCCAUCCCAGGGCUGGACUGGGGCAUGGACGAGGUCAUGUCCAAGGACAUGAAGAAGGUUCCCCAGAAGAAGGUCCCUUACGCCAAGCCCAUCCCCGCUCAGUUCCAACAGGCGUGGGCUGACAACAAGGUUCCUCUGGUGCCCCCUGGUGGCGAGAUGCCCAAGGAGCGCAAGGUGGAGCCGCAGAAGGCCGACGGGAAGAAGAAGAGCCAGGCAGAGAUGGAGCAGGAGAUGCUGCAGUACAGCAACCCCAUGAUGAUGGAGCAGAUGAAGAUGGAUGGCCCCCCGCCAGGCCAGGGGCCCAUGCCGCCCUUCCCGGGCCCCGGCUGCCCCAUGCCCCCUCCCCCCCAGGGGUUCCCCCCUCAGCAGAUGCCCCACAACAUGGGGCCCCCGAUGGGCCCUGGAGGCAUGCAGCCCCCCUUCAUGCCUCAAGGACAGAUGGGGGCCCCGUCGGGACCGCCGCCCCACCAGGGGCCCCCUCAGAACAUGAUGGGACCCACGGACCACCACCAAGGCAUGCAGAGGCACCCGGGCCCCCACAGGAACAUGGGCCCCCAGGGGCCCCACGGCAUGGCCCCCGGGCCCAGAGGGAUGCAGGGACCCCCGGGCCCGGGCAACAUGUUGGGCCCUCCCCCACGAGGCAUGGGGCCCAGAGACGGGUCCCAGGGGCCCCCACCUCAGGGUGGGAUGAUGGGCCCCCCGGGGCCGAUGAUGAGGCCCCCGCUACGGACACACGGCAACAUGUCCAACAACUAUGGGAUGGGCAACAUGCAGGGCCCGCCCCCGGGCGGCAUGCACGGGCCCCCAGGGAACAUGCAGGGGCCUCCCUCCUUCAUGGGACAGAACUCGGGGCCGAUGAUGCACGGCAUGGGACAGCAAGGACCCAACGGAGACCCCAGAGGUCCGCCUCCUAACCACCACAUGGGACCCCCCCACGACCGCCCGGGUGGUCCCGGUGGUCCGGGCGGUCCUGGGGGGCCAGACCAGAACCAGGGCGCCUACUGGGGGGACAACCAGCAGGGGCGACGCGGACCCCAGGACUUUGAGGGGGGCUCGGACUUCCAGGGGGGCCGAGGAGAGGAGGGUUGGAGGCAGGGAGCGAACCAGGGCUACCAGGGUGGAGGAGGAGGAGGAGGAGGAGGAGGAGGGAGGGGUGGAGGGAGCUGGGGCAACGAGGGGUUCCCCCGCGACGGAGCAGAGUUCAGAGGGCGCAGGGACAUGAGGUAAGCCUGCUCAGCUCAC